AUGGCUACUCCUGGGAACACCUCCCCGCCUGCAUCAUGGCAUACCGAGACGGAAUCCACCGGCGAUGACGACAUGGACUACACGCUCGCCAGUGAUGAGACGACCCCUUUCGCCGAUACUGGUGCUGAGAACUUCUUCGACGAGGAGGAUGAUGGCGAGGAUGAAGAGGAGGAGGAGGAGGAAGAGGAGACGACAUUGUACUACGACGCCGAAGAUGGAACGCUGCGAGACGAGGACGGCGAUGAAGUGACAUUCGAAAUGGGCAAUGGCGAUGAGGUCGAAGAAGAGAUUUUGGACGAUGAAGAGGGAGACGAGCAAGCAGCAGGUGGCAAUGAAACACCACAGCCAGCGCCGGCAAGAGCUCAAACCAUCACCAUAACCCAGCAGCAGAUCUUGCAAUUGCUUAGCCAUGCCGGCAUUCGAGGCAUCUUACAGCCUUCUGGUCCUACGACUCGCUCUAGCGGUGCUCGAAGACCUGUUCAGCUCGACGCGGGCGAUGAUGACGACGACGAAGACGAAUCGUAUCUGGGCUAUGGCGGUCGACGAAACCGGCAACGUCGGAGAAAUGUUGUUGGAGAUCGAUAUCCGCCAAUCCCUUCCAAAGAGGGCAAGGAGCUGAUGGAGAAUGGCACCUUUGGAAACAAUGAUCGUUGUGCGCAUACUUCCUGCGGCUUGCCAUAUCCACAAGACACCAUCAGUAAGCGUAAACGCUUAUCCCGUCGAAUGCUGGACCGUGAGAUGGGUGUCGAGAGUAGAGGCCGAGCUCGCGUCUUGAGCGGUCUUGCAGCACAAGACAUGAUCCCCGGCUCCAAAGCAGAUCUCAUCAUCAACCUCAACGAUCGGUGUUACUCUGGUCAAUUUUCCGACGACGGUUCCUUCUUCUUCGCCUGCGGACAGGACUUCAAGGUGAGAAUGUACGAUACCAGUAAUCUAUACGACUGGAAGUACUACAAUACUGUACAUUACUACGGUGGCCAAUGGACCAUCACGGACGCUUCUUUAUCACCGGACAACAAGCUUCUAGCAUACAGCAGUAUCAGCAGUAGGGUGUGUCUUGCCCGCACAGAACAAGGUGACACUUCCGAGCCACGACUUCUGGACUUUUCAGACAUGGGUGGUGGUUCACGGGCAGGUGGCGGUGGUUGGGGACGUUCGAGAGGCUCUUUCGGAAUCUGGUCUCUUCGAUUCAGUGGCGAUGGAAACGAGAUAGUGGCAGGAACAUCUGAUCAGAGUGUCUACGUUUACGAUCUUGAAGCACAGCGGAGCAUCUUGAGGAUUCCUGGCCACACAGAUGAUGUCAAUGCAGUGUGUUUUGGCGAUAAGAUGUCACCUCACAUCCUGUAUUCCGGCUCCGACGACACCACGCUGAAAGUCUGGGAUCGCAGAAGUCUUGCUAGCAUGCGACCGGCCGGCAUGUUUCUUGGUCACACCGAAGGACUCACAUAUAUUGACAGUAAAGGCGAUGGGCGUUAUGUGAUCAGCAACGCCAAGGAUCAGACGUGCAAGUUGUGGGAUUUGAGAAAGAUGGUGUCGACAGAUCAGGGAGAGAGACUAAACCCACAGGACUACACAACCAACUUUGAUUAUCGCUUCUCCCCCUAUGAUACUGCAGACCACACACCUCACCCUCACGAUUGCUCACUCGUCACAUUCCGCGGUCAUCGCGUCCUCAAAACACUCAUUCGCUGCCACUUCUCACCGGCCGGCUCCACAGAUGGUCGAUACAUCUAUUCUGGAAGUCACGACGGCAAGAUCUACGUCUGGAAUCUCGAUGGCACUCUAGCGGGAGAGCCAAUCAACGUGCUUGCAGCUACAAAGAACUCCCGUCCAGUCUCGGAUGAGAGAUAUGUAGAUCGCUAUGAUUAUUAUGGCCAGGGAGGUGUUUGGAAGACGAUCGUCAGAKACGCAAGCUGGCACCCUCAUGCACCAGUUAUUGCGGCCACGAGUUGGAAUGGCUGGGAUCAUGGGUUGGGAACGUGCACCGUUCAUUCCUGGAGUGAUGGAACCGCAGAGGACGAGAUCCGGUCCGACGGUGAUGUUGAAUCAUCCAGUGGAGGUAGAGGCAACGUAGACGCUGCGGCGUAUGCAAACGCGGACAGUCUGGGAGCUAGUCCCAUGGGAGCAAGAGUCAAUGCGGAGCUACACCACGACCCACGAUAUUACGGAACUGCCAAUGCUGGGAGAGAACAGAGGCGGACACGCACGAGAAAUCUGCCGGGUCUGCGGGCGCUCUGGGGUGAUGGUGGGGAUGAAGACAGUUGA